AUGCUAGUGACCAAACCUGAGAAGAACACCGCUGAUAGUCGCAGUCCCGAAGAGUGGAAACUGCAAAGGGCCCCAACGGGCCACAGGCCAAAGGACACCUCGGGGACAUGGCCCCGCCCCCGCAGUGGCGUUGCGGGGGCGGGCCCAACGCACGGCCCCUGGCCCCACGCGUGGGAGAAGUUCGCGCCCGAGGGCGUCUGCCGCGGCUGCGGUGGUGACUGGCGGUUCAGCGGCGGCCUCAAAGUGGACGUUAACAGUUCGGAGUAUACGGGUUACAAGUAUUUCUACAACAGACCCGGUUAUAGGGUCAAAGCGAGGUCGUGCGAGGACGCGAGGUUCAUACACAUAAACUUCGUGCUCCUGGCUGAGGUCGCGCACUUCGAAAGAGACCUACAAUCGGAGAUCGAGACGCACCGAGAUGUGUACGCGUCGCUUACGGGCACCGGCAGACGGCUGCUGGGCUCCUUGUCCUCGCAGGAGGACGCCGUCAUGCUGCAAAGGCGCCUCGACGAGAUGAACCAGCGCUGGCACCAUCUCAAGGCGAAGAGCAUGGCAAUAAGAAACCGGCUGGAGAGCAAUGCGGAGCACUGGUCCGCGCUUUUGCUCUCACUACGGGAGCUUACCGAAUGGGUGAUCAGGAAGGAGACAGAACUCAACGCACUGGCCCCGCCACGUGGUGACCUUGCCGCGUUAAUUAAGCAACAGGAUGACCACCGCGCUUUCCGGAGGCAGUUGGAGGACAAGAGGCCCGUGGUUGAGAGCAACCUGCUCAGCGGCCGACAGUACAUCGCGAACGAGCCCCCGCUCUCGGACACCAGCGACACCGAGCCGAGCCGCGAAAACGACGGCGACUCCAGGGGGUACCGGUCUGCUGAGGAGCAGGCCCGGGAGCUGGCUCGCUCCAUCCGCCGCGAAGUGGCCAAGCUGGCCGACAAGUGGAACACCCUGGUCGACCGCAGCGACGCCUGGGGGAGGUGCCUCGACGACGCCGUACAGCUGCUAGGUAAUAAGAAUUUGUAC